CUGAGUUUCCGUCAUGGCGGCGACGCUAGCUUCCCGGUGGUGGCUCUGGGCUGCGCUGCUUAUCCCUGCGGCCGCAGUGUAUGAAGACCAAGUGGGCAAGUUUGAUUGGAGACAGCAGUAUGUUGGGAAGCUCAAGUUUGCCUCCUUGGAAUUUUCCCCUGGAUCCAAGAAGUUGGUUGUGGCCACGGAGAAGAAUGUGAUUGCAGCUUUAAAUUCCCGAACUGGGGAAAUCUUGUGGCGCCACGUGGACAAGGGCACGGCAGAGGGGGCUGUGGACGCCAUGCUGCUCCAUGGACAGGAUGCAAUCACUGUGUCCAAUGGAGGCCGCAUCAUGCGUUCCUGGGAGACUAACAUUGGGGGCCUGAACUGGGAGAUAACCUUGGACAGUGGCAGUUUCCAGGCACUUGGGCUGGUGGGCCUGCAGGACUCUGUGAGGUAUGUUGCAGUCCUGAAGAGGACGACUCUUGCCCUCCAUCACCUCUCCAGUGGGCAUCUGAAGUGGGUAGAACAACUCCCAGAAAGUGACAGCAUCCACUACCAGAUGGUGUAUUCCUACGGCUCUGGGGUGGUGUGGGCCCUCGGCAUCGUUCCCUUUAGCCAUGUGAACAUUGUCAAGUUUAACGUGGAAGAUGGAGAGAUUGUUCAGCAGGUCAGGGUUUCGACUCCAUGGCUGCACCGUCUUACCGGAGCCUGUGGCCUGGUGGAUGAGGCUGUGCUGGUGUGCCCUGACCCAGGCUCACGAUCCCUCCACACUUUGGCCCUGGAGACAGAGUGGGAACUGCGGCAGAUCCCACUGCAGUCUCUUGACUUAGAAUUUGGAAGUGGAUUCCAACCCCGGGUCCUGCCAACACAGCCCACCCCAGUGGAUCCUUCUCGGGCCCAGUUCUUCCUACAGUUGUCCCCAAAUCACUAUGCUCUGCUGCACUACCACCACGGGGCUCUGAGUCUGCUCAAGAACUUCCCCCAGACUGCCCUGGUGAGCUUUGGCACCACUGGGGAGAAAACCGUGGCYGCAGUCAUGACCUGUCGAAACGAAGUGCAGAAACCUAGCAAUUCUGAAGAUGGGUCAAUGGGGAGCUUUUCGGAGAAGUCUAGUGCACAGGACUCGCUGGCUUGCUUCAACCAGACCUACACCAUUAACCUCUACUUAGUAGAGACGGGUCGGCGACUGCUGGACACUGCAAUUUCRUUUAGCCUGGAACAGAAUGACACUCGGCCAGAGCGGCUGUACAUCCAGGUGUUCUUGAAGAAGGACGACUCAGUUGGCUACCGGGCCUUGGUGCAGACGCAGGAUCACCUGCUCCUUUUUCUACAGCAGCUGGCAGGGAAGGUGGUGUUGUGGACCCGGGAGGAGUCCCUGGCAGAAGUGGUGUGCCUGGAAAUGGUGGACCUCCCCCUGACUGGGGCGCAGGCUGAGCUGGAAGGAGAAUUUGGCAAGAAGGCAGCGAUUCAAGAUGGCCUGCUGGGGAUGUUCCUGAAACGCCUCUCGUCUCAGCUCAUYCUGCUGCAGGCGUGGACUUCACACCUCUGGAAAAUGUUCUACGAUGCUCGGAAGCCCCGAAGUCAGAUUAAGAACGAGAUCAACAUCGACACCUUGGCCAGAGAUGAGUUCAACUUGCAGAAGAUGAUGGUGAUGGUAACAGCCUCAGGCAAGCUUUUUGGCAUUGAGAGCAGCUCUGGCACCAUCCUGUGGAAACAGUAUCUACCCAGCGUCAAGCCAGAUUCCUCCUUUAAACUGAUGGUCCAGAGAACGACUGCUCACUUCCCCCACCCACCCCAGUGCACCCUCCUGGUGAAGGACAAGGAAACAGGAAUGAGUUCUCUGUACGUYUUUAAUCCCAUUUUUGGGAAGUGGAGUCAAGUGGCUCCCCCCGUGCUAAAGCGGCCCAUCUUGCAGUCCUUGCUUCUCCCGGUCAUGGAUCAAGACUAUGCCAAGGUGCUGCUGUUGAUAGAUGAUGAGUACAAGGUCACAGCUUUCCCAGCCACACGGAAUGUCUUGAGACAGCUACAUGAGCUUGCCCCUUCCAUCUUCUUCUAUUUGGUGGAUGCAGAGCAGGGACGGCUGAGUGGAUACCGGCUUCGAAAGGAUCUCACCACUGAACUGAGUUGGGAGCUGACCAUUCCCCCAGAAGUACAGCGGAUUGUCAAGGUGAAGGGGAAACGCAGCAGCGAGCAUGUCCAUUCCCAGGGCCGGGUGAUGGGGGACCGUAGUGUGCUCUACAAGAGCCUGAAUCCCAACCUGCUGGCCGUGGUGACCGAGAGCAUGGAUGUCCACCAUGAACGCACCUUCAUUGGCAUCUUCCUCAUUGAUGGUGUCACUGGGCGUAUCAUCCACUCAUCUGUGCAGAAGAAAGCCAAGGGCCCUGUCCAUAUUGUGCAUUCAGAGAAUUGGGUGGUGUAUCAGUACUGGAACACCAAGGCGCGGCGCAACGAGCUUACUGCACUGGAGCUCUAUGAGGGUACCGAGCAGUACAAUGCCACCGCCUUCAGCUCCCUGGACCGUCCCCAGCUGCCCCAGGUCCUCCAGCAAUCCUACAUCUUCCCCUCCUCCAUCAGUGCCAUGGAAGCCACCAUCACUGAGCGGGGCAUCACCAGCCGACACCUGCUCAUUGGGCUCCCUUCUGGAGCAAUUCUUUCCCUCCCCAAGGCCCUGCUGGAUCCCCGGCGUCCUGAGAUCCCAACGGAACAAAGCAGAGAGGAGAACCUAAUCCCGUAUUCUCCAGACGUACAGAUACAUGCAGAGCGCUUCAUCAACUACAACCAGACAGUCUCCCGGAUGCGAGGCAUCUACACGGCUCCCUCAGGCCUGGAGUCCACUUGUUUGGUUGUGGCCUAUGGUUUGGACAUUUACCAAACGCGAGUCUACCCAUCCAAACAGUUUGAUGUCCUGAAGGAUGACUAUGACUAUGUGUUAAUCAGCAGUGUCCUCUUUGGCCUUGUUUUUGCCACCAUGAUCACUAAGAGACUGGCACAGGUGAAACUCCUGAAUCGAGCCUGGCGGUAAAGCCUGAAGACAUUGUGCUGGUAUUGGAGAGCCUUGAGGACGUGGGUCAGCUAGGGAGUGGCAGCGGUGGCCUGGCGGGUCAGUGGCAGGGGUGUCUGCUCCUGUUCUCAAGAGUUGAAGGAAAGAAGAUGAACUUUCAUGCAUAACUGCUUUUGGGAUACACGAUGCACAGUCCCACGAAUGCAGACCACACUCUCCAACUCAGCUGAGGAUCACAGAGCACCUGAGGGGUUCCUGCUCAAGUUCACGGCUGCUGCUCAGUUCUCUUUCUUUGUCCUCUCAUGGAAGUUCUGUUUCUUCAUAAGACCUCCAAAUGAUUGUCUUCUUUUGUGAGACCUGUUUAAUUUGAUUUCAGUUUGCCUUUAUUUCCCAGCCUUAUCUAGAAAUCCUUCUGACUUUUCCCUUGCCUCUUGCAUCAAAACCAGAGGGAGCUUUUCUUGCCAGCUCCACGUUAUAGGUGCAUUUACUGCUUGACCUUGAAGGGUAGGGUGGGCUCUUCCUUAGCUGAGGGUUGAGGGCUGAUCAACUUCUUAAGACUUCCCUCUGAAGUAAGGUGCGUUGUGGAAUUUGUACAUGGUGUUAGAACUAAUUUUAAUUAAGCCUCUUGUUUCAUGCUUAAUUUAUUAGGUUGGGCCACCCAGGCUUUGCUUCAGUCCAUCAAGGCCAAGUGCAUAAUUACAUCUUGGUUGUUUGGGUAUUACCUGUGCUUUUCUCCUGAGAUAUGUCAGAGCUGAAGCUUCUUUUUUUUUUUGAAUUGUUUUUGGUGGUGCUGGGAACAGAACCCAGGGCCUCACACAUGCUAGGCAAGUGCUCUACUACUGAGCUGCAUCCCCAGCCUGGCUGAGGCCUUUUAAAAACUACUGAAUUAUCUGAACCUUGAACAGAUUUCAAGUGAAUGGAAAGAGUCUGCCUGUUUCUUGGUAUCUCAUACUCUCACUUUACCCAUGGACUGGCCUAGUCAUCUUAUGGCUUAGUUCAAGAAAGUUUAAGAACCCUAUUAUUUAUUUUUAGUUUAGGGCUUUUUUGUUUUAUUUUAUUUUGGUGCUGGGGAUUGAUUCCAGGGCCUGUGCAUACUAAACACACACUYUACCACUAAGCUAAAUCCUCAGCUAGUUUUAAAUACAAAUUAAAAUGUGUGUUAUAUUUCCUCUUAAGAUGAGGUUUUAAAUCUUACUGAUCUGACUUUUUUUUUUUGUGGUGCUGGGGAUCUGACCCAAGACCUCAGGCAUGCCGGGCAAGGAUCUACCACUGAGCCAUAUCUCGGGCCCCCAGCCUAAUCUUUGAAGCUUUCAACAAGAGAAGCACUGUGCAGGUGCUACAGUGCUUAGCUGGGCUGCUGUGACUGCUUCAGACAAAAGGAGAUCUAAGGGCUUCAUGGACUUGGGGAAGAGUGGGGCUUCUCUUUACCGUGAUAGCAUAGGUCAUCUCUAGCCCUUUGAUUAGAGGGAGAGGUACACUCAAUCUUCAGAAUAAAGUGAUGAAUGACUGACCUGAGUCCUGUUCUGUAUCUUAAGAUGACCACUAUGAGAUUACUUUUGCAUUAGAGUGGAGAAAAGCAGUACAGAAGUAGAGUGAGUGUAUUUAGUAAGAAAACAUGACAAUUGAGUUGGUUUAGGUUAUUUAAAAACAAUUCUUCUUUCUGUGGUCUUAUUCUGAAGGUAGGUUAUCAUGGAGAAGGAAGAAAAAUGAUAAUCUUCGCACUUUAGUAAUAAGGUUGUCAAAUAGAUAUUAGUGAAGGCAUGAUUAUGUAUUGCCAGGAAAAUAUGUCUAUUCACCCUGACUCAGCGUGUUUUGUUUAAAUUAACCUGGACUGGGUGCAGUGGCACGGGCCUGUAAUUCCAGCAACUCAGGAGGCCCA